AUGACAGCGCCACGUAAACAUACAAUAUUAACUUUAAAAGACAAAUUACGAGUUAUAGACAUGUUAGAUAAAGGUGACAACUAUGCUAAAAUUGUUGAAACAUUUGGCAUAGGCAGGUCGACUGUAAGCGACAUCAAGAGGAAAAAAGACAAAAUCUUGAAGUUUAUGAACCUUAAAGAACGCGGAGACGGAGUACGAAAAACACUAAAGACAUCGGGAAACCCCAUUUUGGAAGACGCUUUGUAUACGUGGCUUUUGCAACAAAGGCGAUUACAGGUCCCUAUAACUGGGCAGAUGAUUUGUGACAAAGCUCGUACUCUUCAUCGUGAAAUAACAAACUCAAAUAUCCCGUUUAAAGCGAGCCCGGGUUGGUUAGACAAAUUCAAAAAACGUCACGGAAUAAAUUCUUUAAGAAUGGUUCGUCGACUAUCAGACGAUGAAGCCACUAUAGAACCAUUCCAAAUAGACCUACAGAAAGUGAUCACUGAAAACCCAGAUAUUCUUUUGACUAACUGUUGGACCGAUGUUACAACAUGCUUAUUUAACAAAUCUGGGAAGAGUAUGCAACCCCGUCCUGAAAAUUCCGAUGACCUAGAAAAUAAUGUUCCGUUGCACCAGGUUUUUAUAAAUUUGAAGCGCCUUAAUGAUUCUCAAAUAAGUGAAAUAGAAUUUCAAGAGUGGGAUACUUCUUGUGCAGAAAAAGAAAUAAGUAGAUGUGACGUGUUAUCUAAUGAAAAGAGUGCGCAAAUACCUUUGUGUGAGGACGUUGAACAAGAUAACGACAAUAGGGUAGAAACUCUCGCCUCUGAAAAAGUUAGUAAUUCAGAGGCAGUAAGAGCUUUAAAUACUGCCUUAAUAUGGGCUGAGGAUAACAAAUUUGAUAUGCACGAAAUUAUAUUUCUUCGUCAACUUAGAGACAGGGCUUUAAGAAUAAAGUGUGAAAAGUAG